AUGAGUCGCCCGGUGCAGAUUAGCUGGUUUCUGCUGGUGUGCCUCAGCACUGCGAUAGCACUGACAUUACAGCCCUGCCAUGACACAAGCAGUGACGCCUAUGCGACUCUCUAUGCCCUACAAGUGGCCUGCCUCGCGCUCUUUUGGCGGCGCAUGGUAGCAGAGGUUGUCGCCGGUGGGCUAUUCCGCUGCAGAGACGCCGCUGUGAACAAUUGGCGUCUGCCCUCUGGCGACUACAACGCCACCGUGAUGGGCUACACCGGUUCGACGAGUGCUGUGCGAAAGGAGACGUGGUGGCAGGCAGCUUCCCGCUAUGAUGCUUUUUGGGCCGGCACUCUUGUCGGCGUGUGCCAUGAUGACGGUGUGCCACUGGGGAGAUUACAUGAACGAUGCGAUGGCGAUCGCCAGUACGAUAACGUUCUAGAGCCACCCUGGUUGCUACGUCAUCCUUUUCAUUGCCGUCCUACUGCUUAUCCGCUUCCUCGAUGUCCGUACAAUCGAGGCAGUACUGGUGUCGGAGCUUCGUCGCACCAUGAUCGAGUCUCUGACUACGGCACCCUGCACACUACAGCAGACCCGGUUUGUUCUCUCGCGCAAGUGCAUCGGCUACAUGACGCAGCUACAGUGUUUCCUUCCACCGUUACGCGCUGCUGCACGUCGACUAUGCCACCGCAUCCUCUCGGCCCAACCGGCCCACUGGCCCACCCCCUCCUUCAGUUUUUUUUUGUGCAAACCAUGCUCGUGAUUACGCACGGAUAUCUAGCCUCCACUCACGCUGGCGAAUCGCUGUGGCAGAAGGGCAUGAUUCUGGUGGUGGACUGCGUCGCGGAAGCGUUGAGCGGGGCGGAAGUGAUGCUAGGAGUUGUGGCCUACGGUGUACGGUACCUGACUCGGGCGCUGUAUAUGGCUGAUGUGGUACUCUUCGCUUUCAUGGUCGUUAGCGUAGCGUCGCCAUUGCUGCGCUUCACGGGAGUGGUGGUCUUUGUGACGCUAAUGAAGGGCGUCAGCACGGGCCUGGCGCUGCUGCCUGCAAUACACCACAUGCGAAUGUUGCUUAGCUCUGGUGCAAUUACUCUUCUGAUCCUCUUCACGUACGCAGUGGUGGACACGCUGCUUCUUGGCGACAUUGCUACUGACGGCGUCUACCUGAGCGAAAAGCGCGAUUUCAGCAUCGUCAUUGAGCCGCUACUUAUGCUGGUGGAUUGCGGCACCUUUGAUCAAUGGCACCUCGUCCUGCACGCAUGCUAUGACGGGGCCGCAUGCCACAGGAAUGCCUCAGCCCCGUGCGGACACACGUACAGCGCCGUGACUUUCUUCGUCUCCUUCAUCGUCAUUGCGAGCCUCAUUGUAGGCCACCUCCACUUCGCAACGAUCGUGGCCACCUUCUCCGUGCCCCUCUUCAUCGAUGUCAUUCAGUUCUUUAUAGAGGCACGACGUGUCUGGCAGAUGGGCGUUGGCGCCGACCUGUGUGCAUGUCACUUCGACGCAGUUUUGACCGUACUCCCGCGUUUCUCAACGCGCCACACAGAUGGCAUUACCAGCGAGACGGCCAGCAAACCCGACGUCAUUGCGUUUCUUUCCUCUCUGCGCCUUCCCCUCGAUGAGAACCUGGGAGUGCGCUACGACGACGUGCUUCGUGGUUUUGCGUACCGUAAGUACAACAUGAAUCUCGCUGAGAGCAGUGCCAAUCCGUGCGCACGUGAUCGACUAACAUGCCUCACGGUUGGUGAGCACUAUGGUCAGCUGCUGCUUCAAAGGUACCGAGAUGAUGUGUCUCGUUUGGCGUACUUCAAAGUAGGCGGCCUGCACCUGUCUUUCACUGGAAUGUCGGCGGCAUCGCCUCCACAUGACAGCGAUGGAGAGCACAACGUGUUCCGUCGCCGCGAAGACGGCCUUCUGGUUCUCAAAGGUGCGCUGCCCAUCCCUAGCUCCAACGCCUUUCUCUACACGUUCCCCGGCGAUAGCAAUGACGGAGGUAUUUUGCCCUCUACCUCGUAG